CCGCGGUGGAGUGGUCUAAUCCGCGGCCACAGAGCGACACUACACCGGGAAAUCGGGUUUCGGCGGCUGCGAUGUUGUAAAAAGAGAUCUUCAUAAUCAGGUAUUAAUAUCAGACAGCGAGCGGCGGGCCCUCGGUGACCAGGGCGCUACAACCAUGUCGACUCCGGCCAGAAGACGGCUCAUGAGGGACUUCAAACGGCUCCAGGAGGACCCCCCCGCCGGUGUGAGCGGAGCCCCCUCUGAGAACAACAUCAUGGUGUGGAACGCCGUCAUAUUCGGGCCUGAGGGGACCCCCUUUGAGGACGGCACCUUUAAGCUGACGGUCGAGUUCACAGAGGAGUACCCCAACAAGCCCCCCACGGUGCGGUUCGUCUCCAAGAUGUUCCACCCCAACGUGUACGCAGACGGCAGCAUCUGCCUCGACAUCCUCCAGAACCGCUGGAGUCCCACAUACGACGUCUCCUCCAUCCUCACCUCCAUCCAGUCGCUGCUGGACGAACCAAACCCAAACAGCCCGGCCAACAGCCAGGCCGCCCAGCUAUACCAGGAGAACAAGAGGGAGUACCAGAAGAGGGUCUCGGCCAUCGUGGAGCAGAGCUGGAGGGACAGCUGACCGCCUGCUGCCCCCAGGGCCCAGUGUGUGUGUGCGUGUGUGUGUGUGUGUGUUUUAGUGGACCCCCCCCAUACACCUCUUGAAGCUUUUAUGCACUUUACCUUCACCUUCCCCUGUAUCGUCUCCCCGACACGGAACCCUUUCUUUUUAUUUUGGCCCUCUGUGAUUGGUCGGGGGCCUUGCGUUGGGCGGUUAGCCUUGUGGUUUAGUUUGGUCACUCAGGACGGGUUUGGGCCUUCUGCCAACGCGCCUGUGUGCUGUUCUGCUGUAAGUCUCCCCACUCAUCAUGUCCACGUUCUGAAGGACGCGUGAAGCGUUCAACGUGGAGACGCUUCAGUCGCCAUCCAACAGGUUUUUGGUCCGUAGUUGUUUUUUCCCAGAGGCGUUUCUCUGGGCUCUGAUUGGUCCCCUCGGCAGGACAGACACACGGGGGCGACCAAUGAGCCCGCUCUCCAGGGGUGUGAGCUCCAUGCAGAGGUCAGGGGUCAGUGCUGGGGUACAUACGGUCGCGUGCGUCUGACUUUAUGUACAGGAGCUCUUUUCUCUCACUCUCCCCUCAUUUACUUUUUUCAACACGUGUAAAUAAAAAGGCAAAUUCA